AUGCAGGUGCCGCCGCCGCCGCCGCCGCGCACACUACCGCUCCCGCAUUUCACGCUUCCGCCUCUCGCCGGACAGGAUCACCUCUUCGUGGCUGCACUCCGCUCCCACCUCUCCGCUUCGCCGCCCCCUACCGCUGCCUCCCUCUCCCGCUUCCUCCCCGGCCUCACCCUGCUCCGCCUCUCCCACCUCGUCCUCCUCCUCGCCGGGCGCGUCUCGCGUCCUCCGCACAGCCUCCUCACCGCGCUCCUCCCCUCACCACCUCCACCGCUCCCGCUCGCCAUCCUGCUCCAUUCACUCCCGCCACGCCGAUGCAGUGAGCUCCUCACCUCCGUGCUCCCCUCCGUCUUGCCACGAGCCUUCCCGGACCUCCUCCACCACCUGCUCCUCACCGCCCGCCUCGCUGCUGGGACGCAGUGCGCUGCCGCGGUCCCGGCGAUAGACGUCCUCUUCUCCGCAUGCGCGCGCGACAAGAAGCUCUCCCGGGCCACGCUUACCUACCGCGCCAUGCGCGCGCACGGCUUGCUUCCGACGGUCGAGUCAUGCAAUGUCUUCAUCUCAGCCGCGCUCCGCCUGCGGCGCCCAGAGAUAGCCAUAUCCUUCUUCCGAGAGAUGCGCCGGUGCCGGGUCUCUCCCAACGUGUACACCGUCAACAUGGUGAUGCGGGCCAACUGUGUCCUGGGGCGUGUCGUGAACGCGGCGCAGUUGCUCAACGAAAUGCCGGGCUGGGGAUUUAGCAGGACUGCAGCCAGCUUUAACACGCUCAUCGCUGCCUACUGCCAUGACAGUGGUGGCAUGGAGACCGCACUGCGGCUGAAGGAGAGGAUGGAGCGUGAAGGUCUUGUGCCGAAUGAGGUGACCUACAACACGAUCGUGCAUGGGAUGUGCAAGGAGGGCAGGAUGUGGCAGGCGAGCCGGGUGGUGAACGAGAUGAGGGUGAAGGGUGUGACGCCAAACACUAUCACUUUCAACACACUAAUUCAUGGUUAUGUGACUCUUGGUGAUAACGAGGGGGCGAUAAGGAUGCAUGAGGAGAUGGUGAAGGCCAGAGUUGGUGCUGAUAUGGUAACCUACAAUGCACUCAUUCUCGGGCUCUGUAAUGAAGGGAAGACAAGGAAGACCGGGAAAUUGGUUCAGGAGCUUUGUGCUGCCAAACUUGAACCUAAUGCAUCAACUUUCUCGGCUCUGAUUAUUGGCCAGUGCAAGAAGCAGAACUCAGAGCGUGCAUUAGAUCUGUUGAAUGCAAUGAAGAAAGCUGGAUUUCAACCGAAUUACUACACAUAUAAGAUUGUCGUAUCCACUUUCUCUAAGAACAAGGAUUUUGAAGGCGCAGUUGAUGUUUUGAAGGAUAUGCUCAAGAGGUGCAUUGCUCCUGACAAAGCCUUGUUGCAUGAGUUCUUCGAAGGCCUCUCUGAGGCUAAAAAAUUGCACCUGGCAGCUGAUCUUCGUUCAGUGGCUAAUGGGGCAAGAUUUAUUUCUGAUGUCUACUAUACUGGUGAUUAUAGGAAUAUAGAUGAAGAGAAAAUAACAUGUUAA